CAGCACCAGAACGGGAUGUAUGGGCUGCAUCAGGAUGUGCACCACUUCAACUCCUUCGAUAGCGUGCGCAGCCUGCCCCAGCUGCUCAGCCAAGCACACAUCCGGACAGGUUCACACAAGGCUCAUGCUUUACCCAAACUUCCACUAACACCCAUGCCUGUGACCCAGUUGGGUCCCAUUUUCCAACCAGAUGUGGAAGUGCAACUGACAGAGAUGACUGGGGAAGCCGGUGGCAGCUUCCACUCUCCCCAGCGCUGGCUGAGCACAGCCGGUGCUGGAGCAGAGGAGCUGCAGCAGCCCCUGUCCUCCCCUGGCUUCUGGCACAGCACAUGUUCUUGCAGGCAUAAUUGGGAAGAAGCACGUUGGGCCUGAGGCCGUUUAUCCCUUCGACUUUGCCUACACGGAGGAGAACAGCUCGGUCUUGCAGGUCGGGAGAAACAUCACCCGAAUCAAAGCGCUUGUCCGGCAGUUCCUGCACAGCCAGGAUGAGAGGCCUUUCUUCCUCUAUGUCGCCUUCCAUGACCCACACCGCUGUGGGCACUCCCAGCCCCAGUACGGGCCCUUCUGUGAGAAAUUCGGCAAUGGAGAGAGCGGCAUGGGCUGGAUUCCCGACUGGAAGCCACAGCUCUACCGCCCAGAGCAAGUGCAGGUCCCACACUUUGUUCCAGACACACCGGCUGCCCGGGCGGACCUGGCAGCCCAGUACACAACCAUCGGGCGCAUGGACCAAGGGAUAGGGCUGGUCCUGGAGGAGCUGCACCGAGCUGGCUUCCACAACAGCACACUGGUGAUCUACACCUCUGACAAUGGCAUCCCCUUCCCUGGCGGCAGGACCAACCUCUACCGGUCGGGCACAGCUGAGCCCCUGUUGCUCUCCUCCCCGGAGCACAGGGAGCGCUGGGGCCAGGUCAGCCAGGCCUUCACCAGCCUGCUGGACCUGACGCCGACCAUUCUGGACUGGUUCUCCAUCCCCUACCCUUCUUACAGCAUCUUUGGCACGAAGCAGGUGCAUCUCACUGGGAAGUCUCUCCUGCCAGCACUGGAGUCGGAGCAGCCCUGGGACACCACCUUCAGCAGCCAGAGCCACCAUGAGGUGACCAUGUACUACCCCAUGCGAGCCAUCCAGCACCAACAGUUCCGCCUCAUUCACAACCUCAACUACAAGAUGCCCUUUCCCAUCGACCAGGACUUCUACGUCUCACCCACUUUCCAAGACCUGCUCAACCGCACCAGGGCCGGGCAGGCAACCCACUGGAACAAGACCCUGCACCAGUACUACUAUAGAGACCGCUGGGAGCUCUUCGACUGCAGCAUUGACCCCACGGAGAGCCAGAACCUGGUCUCAGACCCCCGCUAUGCUCCCAUCUUCCAGCUGCUCCGUGUGCAGCUCCUGAAGUGGCAGUGGGACACGGGGGACCCCUGGGUGUGUGCUCCUGAUGCUGUCCUGGAGGAGAAGCUGAGCCCCCAGUGCCGGCCACUGCACAAUGAGCUGUAAGCAUUCCUGCUGCCAUGGGACAGCUGUGAGCAGGGUCCCGGCUGGGCCAAUCCCACAUCCCUGGGGGACACCUCUGCUCUGUACCACGAACACUGCCUGGCCCUGGAGCAUUCAGGGAUCUUUGAAUCUCACUCCUAUGGAGCCAUAGGGAUGAGUUGCUCCUCAAUAAAGCCUCUGGGAGCGA